GAAACACUUUGUCUUGGGAAUCUGUUCGCUUCUGCUUGAGGUGCAUCUAGCCCCUACGUAAACGUUCGCUUGUUCCUUUCCACAGAACAACAAAAAAAGGCACUCAUAAGCAGACAUGACUUCACAUCCCCCUGGCACCUCGCCUGCAACGGCGUCUCCCUCCAUCGUCACGGCUGCUGCGAAGGCCUCCCGUCCUCUCCUCACGGUCGUGGGCGACGGCGCUGGCGACAACCGCCGCCGGAUGGAGAUCCCGUGGCGGCAGAUCAGCGAGCAGACGCUGGACAGCAUCUGCCGUGCCCUCCUCGACCGCGACACCGACGCCCCAAUUCGUGCGAUCGACCUCACGGACAACCAGCUCGGUCCCGCCGCCACACAGAAGAUCACGGUGUGCCUCGAGUCGUCGCCCGUGACGGAGGUGUUUAUCCGAUUCAACGACAUCGGCAAGGACGGCUGCGACGGUUUGGCGGCAGUGGUGAACCUGUCGCACACGCUGCAGGUGAUGGACAUCCGCGGUAACCACCUCACCGCGAGUGACGUCCGCCGGCUGCUGAAGUCGGUCGCCGUGUCCACCGUGCUGACCCGGCUAGGCCUCGGUGCGAACAAGCUGGGACCGGAAGGAGCCGCCCUCAUCUCCAAGGCGCUGGAGCGCAACACCUACCUCACCUCGUUGGAUCUCUCAGUGAAUGAGUUGGGUCAAGGUGGGGCGCAGUGUCUUGCGGAUCUUCUCCGCACUCCGGCCGCCACGUUGCAGGUCCUGCAGCUCCACGGCAACUACUUUAGCGCGAGCGGCGUGGCUGCGAUCUGCGAUGCGGUCAAGACGAACAAAGAGCUGCGGCGACUCACCUUGGGCAACAACAACGCCACGGACGAGGCGGCACCUGCAAUUGCGGCGAUGCUGGAGGGAAACUACACGCUGGAGGAGCUCGAUCUGCGGCUGAACUCGCUGACCGCCGUCGGCGUCAAGACGAUUGCGCAGCAAGGACUGGCCAAGAACACUUCCUUGCGGUCGCUCACCUUGUCUGGCAACCAGGUCGGCCCUGUAGGCGCAAAUGAGCUCACCCACGUCCUCAGCGCCCAUCAGCGCAGCGUGAUUGAGCAGCUGGAUUUGAGCUCGUGUGGACUGAUGUCCACCGGUGGGGUGCGGAUUUCCAGUCUGCUCAGCACGUCCAUUUCUUUGAAGGACGUGAACCUGAGCGACAACUCGCUGGAUGACGAGGCGGCGGUGUGUCUGGCGCAGAACAUCUCGGACGGCUUUGCGAUCUCGCUCGUCGACGUGUCGUGCAACGACAUUGGCGAAGAGGGCGCCUCGCAGCUGAUUGACGCGGCGCUGCGGAAUACGCAGCUGUCGGCGCUCGUCAUGCACGGCAAUAACAUCUCCCGCGUAGCUCAGAAGAAGAUGGACAACUUGCUGGAGGAGCGCCUGUCGAAGAACCGCGUACUGAGCCGGCACACCGCCCUGUAUCAACAGCAGAAGCUCACGCAGCAGCAGCAGGCCGCCCGCACGAACACCACCGUUGUCGCUUCGGCUACCGCGUAA